AUCCGUACGUCGUGCGUGCUUCAAGUGUCCACAAUGCACCUAUCGUGGUUCAUCAUGAAGAGUGUUGUCACGGAAGGAAGUAUCGUGCGAGCCAUGUAUUUCGUGAUCAAAGGCCACUUGAGCAUGCACAGCCGCUCUCUCCUGGAUCGACCGGUUGGGCUCCGUAGUGGCAGCUACUUCGGAGAGCGUGGUUUGCUGGGGUGCACCAUCAGCGCUUAUACUGUACGGACCGUACGGGCC